GUCACCUGCUGUACAGGAUCUCCCAACCUCAACAGCUCCCUGCGAAGACCAACUGCCGGCCAUGACUUCGAUAGCGACGGGCCUCGCGCGGGCUCUUCCCAAGCCGAAACACAGUUCCGAAAAUGAAGAACCGCGGGUUCAGCAGCGCGGCCCGCGGAUUGUUGCCGCUGAUCAGAUCGACGAGACGCAGAUUGUCGUGAAGAGAGCCGGCCCACCGCCAUAUCCCAACCGAUCAGGCUGGCGCCCGCGCGUCCCCGAAGACUUUGGCGAUGGCGGCGCGUUCCCCGAGAUACCCGUCGCCCAAUACCCAUGGGGGAAGAACGACGGGUCCUCCAAGUCCAACGCGCUGGUCGUGCAGGUGGACAGCGAGGGCAAGGUCGAUUACAGCGCCAUUGCUCGGCAAGGCCAUAGCGCCGACCGGAUCAUCCACACGUCCUUCAAAGACCUGAUUCCCUUGCGACAGCGCGCCGAGGCGGGCGAUCUCGACCUGUCGCGACCCAGCCAGCAGGAGGUUACCGAGACGGCCGAGCGCACAAAGAAAGCUCUGGAAGCGCUAGUCAACGGCGCGCUGGCGGCGCAGAAGCCCAAGAAUGUGAACGUGGGCGGGAGGAGAGACCCGACAUUUGUGAAGUACACGCCGUCGGCGCAGAUGGGGGACAGUUCGAAGAAGCAGGAGAGAAUCAUAAAGAUUGUGGAGAGGCAAAAAGAUCCCAUGGAGCCACCCAAGUUCAAGCACAAGAAGAUCCCGAGAGGACCGCCGACUCCUCCGCCACCGGUGAUGCACUCCCCGCCAAGGAAACUUACGGCAGAGGAUCAGGAGGCGUGGCGCAUUCCACCACCCGUGUCGAUGUGGAAGAACCCCAAGGGCUUCACGAUCCCCCUCGACAAGAGAAUGGCGGCGGACGGCCGUGCUCUGCAAGACGUCCAGAUCAAUGACAAGUUUGCCCAGUUCUCCGAGGCGCUCUUCAUGGCCGACAGGCACGCCAGAGAAGAGGUGCGGCAGCGAGCAAUCAUGCAGCAGAGGCUAGCAGAGAAGGAGCGGGCCCAGAAGGAGGAGCACCUCCGUCAGCUGGCUCAACAAGCACGAGCCGAGAGGGCCGCCGGUGGUGGUGGCAGGCGGCGUUCACGGUCCGGCUCCUACGGCGGUUCCGAUUCCGGUUCGGAAACGGACGAGUCGGAGCGCGAGCGGCGCGCGGCGCGCAGGGAGAAGCUGCGGGAGGAAGAGCGCAAGCUGCGGCAGUCGCGCAUGGGCGCCGAGCGGCGCGCCCAGGUGCUGGCCCGCGAGAUGGACCGCGACAUAUCCGAGAAAAUCGCGCUCGGCUUGGCCAAGCCGACGCAGUCGGCGGAGAGCAUGUACGACUCGCGCCUGUUCAACCAGUCGAGCGGCUUCGGCAGCGGGUUCAACGAGGACAACCCGUACGACAAGCCGCUGUUCGCGGCCCAGGAGGCGAUCAGCAGCAUCUACCGGCCGCGGGCGAACGUCGAUGACGACGACGAGGCGGCCGGGGACCAGGAGAUGGCGCGCAUUCAGAAGGGCAACCGGUUCGGCGAGGCGCUCGGAAGGGGAACCUUCAAGGGCACGGAGGAGGCCGAGGUCAGGGAGGGCCCGGUGCAGUUCGAGAAGGACACGACGGAUCCGUUCAAUGUGGACAAGUUCUUGUCCGAGGUGCAGCAAGAGACGGCGGCGGGGGCCUCGUCGUCGAAGCGCGGGUACGGGCUGCAGGAGGAGAGCUCGAGGCAGGCCAAGCGAAGUCGAGUCGACGACGAUGAUGAAUGAUGUGGAAAAAGGGAGUGAGAAAGGGAGUGAGAGGGGAAGUGGGAGAAAAGGGGGUCUUGUCCUUUAAAUCUCCAGGCUUCUUACAACAUGCGGUUCGGGCACAAGUUGCCCCCGAUGACGGGAACCAGAUACAAGAAGCGGAAUGCACACUUGUCGUCAAGAGAUCCGGCGCGACUUUAAUAGGAAUCAAAUUGACUCCUUCCUAAUGUCUC